AUGGCCGACAACGAAGAUACAGGUGCGCCUUCUGAGCCCCUCGAUCUUGUUCGUCUCUCUCUCGAUGAGAUUGUUUUCGUGAAGCUGCGCGGCGACCGCGAGCUGAAAGGCCGCCUCCACGCAUAUGACAGCCACUGCAACUUAGUUCUGGGUGAUGUGGAAGAGACCAUCUACGUGGUGGAGGAAGAUGAUAAUGAAGAGGAAACCACAAGGGUCCGUGGGGGUUUACAGACAAUCAAGAAGCAAGAAGAGAUGCUGUUCGUCCGAGGUGAUUCCGUCGUUUUGAUCUCUCCCCAGGCUUAA